AUGGAAGCCAGAGAUGUGACCAGGCUACUGGCACGUUCUGUCCCCUUUGAACAAGCGAUCCGAGUGCUUCGUGACGACGUGUUUGCUGACAUAAUCGAAGUCAACUUGACGAACCGGGAACGUUUCAUCAAGCGACGGAACAGGUUGAUCGGUUACGAGGCAGAAACCCUAAAGGCUUUAGAAUUAUGUACCAACUGUUACAUAGUCAUCCAGGGAAAGACAGUGUCUGCUGUCGGUCAGUAUGAAGAUUUGAAACAGGUCAGGAACAUCGUUCUCGGUUGCAUCUACGACAACAUUCAUCCAGCUUACUCCAUUAAACGUUUGCUAAUCAUCAAGAAACUGAAGGCUGAUCCCACAAAGCAAAAUAUCUCUUGGGAUCGAUUUCUGCCAAAGUUGAAAAAGAAGGUUCUAUCACGCCGGCGCAAACCUCACAAGAUACGCAAGAAAAAGGAGUACACUCCAUUCCCACCCGCUCCCACACCGUCCAAAAUUGACAUUGAGCUUGAGAAAGGUACUUACUUCCUGGCGGAAGCGGAACGAAAACGUCUCAAAGCAGAUGCCAAAAUCGCACAGUCUCACAGAGUCGCCAAGGAACGUCAGGCCAAGCGAGCUGCUGCGUUUGUUCCUCCCUCUGAGACGAAACGAAAGGCCAAACGUCCAAGAGUCGAGUCCGCUUGA